AAUGUUAAUUUAUUAGCUUUGAAAAGAUAAUGAACAAUGCUUCUUUCAGUAUUUAUAUUAAUAUAGAAUAUUCAUAGGGUUUUAUAUGCACUUCCACAUAAUUACAGUUGAAGAAAAUUUUAGUUCGUGAAGUGGUGAGGAUGCGUCAGUAUUGAAGGCAGUAAUUAAAUGUUAAUUAUUAGUCUUUAUAUUUAUUUUUAACAUAGGAAUUUUUGUUUUUCUGUUAUCUCAGCUGUAUAUACAAUAUGGUAUAAAAAUACGAAAUUAUUGUUACACGAAAUAGAAAUAUAUUUUUCAAUGCACUUUCUAAGAGAAUAUAGUUUUCCCCUUACUUCCGUCGUAUGCAUACGACAUAGUUAGUAGUAGCGAAUUAUGGGAUUCCCUAUUUUUACACAUAAUGUUAUAUAUAGUAUUGAGCAUCCCAUUAUUACAUCUUUGUGCCUUCGUUACCCGAACGUGUUCCAGGUUAUCAGUGUAAUUUUGUAAAAGAAUCUGUGUUAUACAGAAGAUGGCUGGUAACAGCUCUGAAGAUCCCCAAACAUCUAAGAACUGUAAAGAUGAAUCAGAUAUUAAUUGGAAUUCAAUGCUGCAAUAUGCUGAAUUACAACAACAAGAAUAUUAUGAACUUUUGGCAGAAUGGACAAAAUAUUCAAAACAUGAAUAUAAAUAUUUAAAACAGAAUAUUGGUUUUGCACUUUUUGGUCCACCAUCAGAUGCAAAAGAAGCAAAUACCAAAUUAAAUGAAGUAUGUAAAACAGAUGAUAUUGUUGACCUAUUUCAUUAUAGACCUCGAGCUCAGGAAAUUAUAGGUAAAAUAUAUAAAAAAGUAUGUGAAUAUGGGGAAGGACAAGUGGAAAAGGAAUGUAUUCAUUUUGGGAUAAUUUUUAAUAUAACAUUUCGUACUAAAAGAAACUCUACCAAAGCAUCUAAGUCAGAUAAAACAAAGGAAAAAAAUACUAAGACGGUAUCUAAAACAAAUUCGAAGGAAGAAAAGAAGGAAAAUUCAAAAAAGGAAAAGGAACAAGAUUCUAGCAACGAAUCUGAAAUGAAUUUGCAGGCAACACCUAUUUUUAAGAUAAAAAGACUUAUAAGUGGCAAAGAUGAAAGGCUUUUACAUAGCGAAUGGUAUAUCGAUGCAUGGGGUAGAGUAUACCAAAACUGGACAGCUUAUAAAAAUAAUAACACAUUACCGCCAUGCACUAUGGUUAUUCCAAUGCAUGGAUACUAUCAGCCUGAUCCAAGUUAUGAAAUAACUGAAGAAUACUCAACAGUAUGGUUAGAAGUUUUGGAGUCACCUGAAUGUUCCACUACAUCCAGUAUCUUAAAUGCUAUAGAUACAACAUCUAAUGUAGUAGGUGUAGUUAGUUUGGGCUUAGGUAUUGCAUCUAUGUUCACGCCUCUUGCGCCAGUAACAUUAGGGGCAGUCGUAACUGCUGGAGUAACUGGUGCAUGGACAGCCGGUCGAUCAGUACAUAAUCUGGUGGACAGAAGCAAUCAUAUGGAAAGUAUUAGUGUAACAGACAGGGAUGCGUUAUGUUCGUGGUUAGCUAUAAGUGGCAGCGUAGUUGGUUUAGCUGCAAGCACAGGAACUAUACUUCUGACAAAAGCUGCUCAGAACGGUAGUAAUAUAAGUAAUAUUGUUAAACUUGCUUAUAAUACAGUAGUUUUAAGUAAUUUGGGCAUCAAUGGUUGUGGGGUAGCGUUCAGAGCGUAUUCUAUGUAUAUGAAAUAUCAGGAAGAGCAAACAAUUAGAGUCAUAGAUGUGUUGUCCGUGGGAACACACAUUUUGUUCUUUGGCAAUGCAGCUUUAAAUUUCAAAUUCGCGGGAGAACUGAUCGAGACGACCCAAGGUAAAAUCUUAGAUGAUUAUAGAUCUACUUUACGCUCUAAACGUCUUCGUAAAGCAUUCAACCGCACGAAACGUGCUGCCGCAGCAAACAACCAAGAUAAGAUAUCCGAGAAUGCCGAAGUGAUACGUUAUAUUAAUAAAAAGAUGGAUUUGCAACUAAAUCCUAACGCGCAAAGUAAUUUUACUUCAUCUUACAAUACCGUGUCCUUUGAAGGUGGAAAGAUAACAAUCAAUGGUAUUACACUAUUAGAUCCUAUGAAAUUCGUUAUGAUACUAAAUGCGUUAGACAAGAAUCCUACCGUACGUAGAGCUUCAUCAAUGCCGGAAGAUAGGGACGCUGAAGAUACGCUUACCAGAUUAAGAAAUUUAUUAAUUCGUUUAUUGACAGAUGCAUUUACAAAAAAUGACAGUAAAGAUGUGACUGUCCCCAAUGUUGAAGAAUUCGACGAAAUUUGUCAAGAUAUGAAGUAUAUGAAGGACGCAACAAGCCUCUUUCCUCUAAUAUUUCAAAUAGCUAUUAGGCUGUUAGAACGUGUAUAUGGUGUGAAUUUUAUCGACAAGGCAGUUCAUUUUAUAUGGUGUUACGUGAGAGAGAGUUUGAAACAAGUAUGUUUCAGUAUAUCUUCUUUUAUCAAUGAUGCAAAGAUACAAAAGAAAGUUAGUAAAAUUAUAAUAGCUCUUUUUGAACAUAUGGAUGAGGUAGUAGAUGGAUUGUUGCCUGCCUUUACGAAAUACAUGAGAACCAAUUUAGAAGAAACAUUUAAUUACUAUUAAAUGUUUUUGCACAUAUACAUCUAUUGUACAAUGUACCUAGUAGUAUUCAGUGAAUGAAUAUAAUAUUUAUUUUUUAUAACUCUUUUAAGGUAUAUUAAUAAGGCAAUCAUUAUUUUAUUCAAUCUAAACCUGAACAGUUUUUAUAUUUCGGAACGCACAUUUAAUAAUACUAAUUUAUUUAAAAAAAAAAACAUAGGUGUGAUUAAUCUAACGACAUGUACUGUUCAGGUGUUUAUCACAUUUGUGCCUUAGAUUAAUUGUCUGACUACAAUUUGAUAACAUUGUAUACUGCAGAUACGUGAAGAUUAUUAAUCGUAAGAUAAAAAUGACAAGAAAAUAAAAGAACAUUGGUAUGCAAGUACAAUUAUUAGAUAAGCCUCAGUGCGGAUUCAGAAACUUCGAUUGGGGUUGGAGAGGGCAGCGAAAUAAACUUGUUUAUGAUUCAUUUGUUAGUAUUUUUAUUCGAUAACAACUAUUUUAUUUAAUUAUUUUAUAGAUGUUGUAAUGAGUCAUUUUUUCUGGAUCCGUCACUGAAUAACUUAUGUUACAGUAUAAUUAAUUGGUAUUAUGUUACUGUAGGACUUGGGUUAUUAAGAUAAAACAAAUUUUAUGCAUAUAUCAUUUUACAAAUAUAUGUACUAUUGUAUACAGAUUAUUAAAUAAACAUAUUUC